AUUUCAUUCCCAUACAUCCAAAUGUUUACUGUGACCAACAUCAUUGUCUACGCCUGAAGAGGGCAUUGUUCCCUUGAAAAUGGCCUCCUCUGUUCGGUUGCACCCAAGGAAGCCAGGAGGUGAAGUUACCAGUUCAAACCCUCUUCCUCAGCUCAUACAAACACCAUCCGGCUUGGCAAUUUUAGAGCUCCAAGGGACUAUUAACCUCCCGGAGAACCAUGAAAAUGGCGAGGGCAUUUCCCAAGAAAUAGCUGUUGGGCGUCUUGUAUUUCCAGACUAUCAUCCAGAGACCCAAGACCCUUCCAGCACCUAUUGGAUGAAACGAGUUCACCUCUACGUGGGCGAGCACCAGAGACUCACCGGGGAAGUCAAGAAACUUCCGAAAGCUAUGGCUAUCAUCAAGAAGCGAGCUAGCCCCGAGGAGGAUGUGGAUAUGAACGAAGGGAACUCUGAAACAACGACUGAGGACCUAGAAGUGGUCGAGAUUGUCAAAUACAAGAUCGUGUUCUCUCAACGCCCUGAGCCUGUAGGGACAGGAUGAAUCUUCACCAGCGGACCUAAACCGAACAAAUCUCAACGGCAGUUUCGAUAUGAGGGUAUCACUGGAUUGCAUUUUGUGCCUGGCUCGAGUGCACCGCUUAGCAUUACCGCUCAAAAUGCCUUGAACAUCCAGUACCUUACCGUUUCUAUGCCUUUGCCCUAUGUUUCUCUUAGGGGGAUUGUGUAGCCGUUACAUGAGAACUGGAUACAAUAGCAAUUAUGACGCUGGUCAGGCCAUGGAUUGUCCGAUCUUAUGGGGCUAUAAUUACGAGAUCCUAAGAGGAUGGCUCGUCACAGUAAGACCUCAAUAUAUCCACAGAGAGGCUAUAUUGAAACAUAGUGAAAGGGGGGAGAACAGUACAGGGACGUAUGCUUUCUUACAGAACAGAUGGUUAGAAAUAACGUCAGUUAUGCUGUAAAACGAGGCACCUUUCCUUAUACUCCUCAUUCGAAUAUUUAUGGAACUUCCCUAAUUCAAUAUGUAUAAUUAAUGAAGAGGAUGAUUUCUACCAAGUAGCACAUCUAAUGUACCUAUGUACCUCCGUUGCCUUCGAUCAAUUCUAC